GUCUUUAAAAGAGCUCACGCAUUAGAGAUUAGAAACAGUCGGUAGUUGGCAAUGAAGAUCUUUCUAGUGCUCGUGAAUUUAUUCUUAGCCUGCCUAGCCGCUCCUGGCGGCAGGAUUAUCGGAGGAGAUGAUGCCACUCCCGGAGAAUUUCCUCAUAUGCUCUCGCUACAAUGGCAUCACAUUGAGAUCCGUCGUCACAAUUGUGGAGCUUCAAUCAUCAAUGAACUAUGGGCCCUCACGGCAGCUCACUGUAUCACGGAGACUGUAAUUGAACAUGGCGGUAGCCUAAGUGUGAUUGCUGGUGCCUGGGAUUUCAGGGAACCCUCAGAGUAUCAACAGGAAGUACCUGUAGAACGCUUCGUAAAUCAUCCUCUCUAUCCCGGAGGUGGAUUAGUGGCACCUCAUGAUAUCGGUGUAAUGCGUCUCGGUGAACCACUUAUCUUCAAUGACUGGGUCAAGCCAAUAGUCUUCCCUCAGCCCAAUACCCUUGCAACGGGAUAUGGUACCCUUUCAGGAUGGGGUAACACUCAACCUGGUCCGCCACCAGUUUUCCCGUAUAUUUUGCAAAGAGCUAAUAUGCCCAUCCUUACAAUGGCACAAUGUCAUGAUACAUUAGUUCAAUUUGGAGCUGAACAUCUACUUCAUCUUGAUGGUGACGUCUGUACAGGACCUCUUACAGGAGGACUUUCUGGAUGCAAUGGGGAUUCCGGAAGCCCUCUCGGCCAGUGGGAUGGUGAUGAUUUCAUCCAAGUAGGAGUUACUGCUUGGACAAUUUUCCCUUGCAGUAGAGUUGGUGCCCCAACCGUUUACGCACGUGUAUCUUACUACAUUGAUUGGAUUAAUGAAAACAUCGCAGAAUAAACUCUAAAAAUCCGAUGUUUUUUAGUCAGAUCUUCAUUCAUACUGUUCAAUCAAUGUUACAUAGCUGGAAUUCCUUUGAUGAACAACAAAGUACGGACAACUCGGAAUUAUUGCAUAUCAUCGGAUAGAUCAGUAACUAUACUAACUGCAUCUGCUUUGUGUGUGCAUUCGUUGUAAGCAAGCUUUGAUACGUGGCGUUUGCAACGAAUCGCACAAAGCAAAUGCAGUUAGCACGGUUGCUGAUCCAACCGAAAUUAUACAAUUAUGAGUUUAGUUUUAGAAAUAGAGCAUUGUGUUGAAUAAAGUGAAGUAUUCUAACGAAAUUAUUCAAAAGUGGUAGCGGCAACUCUUUACCACUAAAAUUUAACUCAUAAUCAAAUUUUCAAACCUUCCGAGUUUAAAUGGAUUCGGAGUUAUCUAUACUAAAUAACACGAGCUUAAUCAGGGCUUAUCACUGGUCAUUGUUUUGUUAUAAUUUCAAUUAAUUUGAGGAAAGAAUAUAUUUCAUUUGAGUAAAACAUGAAUAAAUCAAAUAGUUUCAACUGGAUAA